UGGAUGACACCAACAAGAUGGCGAAACGACAUUUCUGCUCGCAGCAGGGAGUGGUCGCCUCGAGGGUCAAUCUAAUACCUUUGGCCUGCUUCUGCUGAUUGCGGAAAUCUCCAGCUGUACGCUGGCUCUUCCAAAAUGGCGCAAUUGUGGAUGAGAAGUCAGGAGUGCCUUGCCAGCAACUGGCUCUUCUGAUGGAAGCAGCGUCUUGCCAAAGGAACAGGGAGGGCGCCUGUCACACCAUCCAAUGCCGUACCGUGUCAAUGAAGGCGCGGACGUAGAGCUAUAUAAUAGCGAGGACAAUUACGCAGGGUUGUUCGAGGCAGCUACCUCCAGUCAGUUUGUGUGCUUUCAACUCAGAAUUCUCAUAGCCUGCGGCGCCCAUGUCAAUACCUUCUCGCGACUCAGACAGCUGCCCCUCACGAUAGAAGCGAGACGCGGAUGCGAUGAAGUGGUCGAAAUUUUGCUCCGACGUGGCUCCGAUGGAGUUCUUUACACGAGGCAGCACAUAGAUAUGGUUACGAUCUCAUGCUUCUUCUCCGACAUCCUGAGGUUGAAGUUGAACCUUCAGACGGCCGAGAGCGAGACUCCGCUUCAUGCAUAUGGUUCCUGCAAGUUGGACAGCCCGCGUUGCGCAAAGCUUUUGAUCAAGCGUGGAGCUUCUGUUUCUUUGGCCAAAAACAACGGGUGGAUGUCGGUGGAUGAAGCAAGUCAACGCGGUUUGGUGCGGACGAUCAUUGCUCUUGUCGCGGCGGGAGCAGAUCCGAAUAGCUGUCGUCGGAGUUUCGCACCACGGCAUACGCUGCUCCAGGGCCCUGCUAAGUGAGGGACGUGAAUGUUUGGAUAUCUUCUCUUACUGCGUACUCCGUAUCAAAGUUGCACUUUCUAUCAUCCAGACAAGGAGGAGUCAGGACUCUCCUAGUCGAUGAUUGGUGUUUUGGAAUUGAUGGUCGUACCGUCGUCCUAAGUUUAUCGCCCGAAAUAG